CCACAAAAAAUAUGACCACUUAUACGGACAAGGGAGAAAAACCGGAGUCUGGACGGUUUGUUUCUUUCGCACACCUCACUUUCUGGGUCGGAAAUGCCAAACAGGCCGCGUCCUAUUACUGCACCCGUUUCGGCUUUGAGCCCUUCGCCUACAAGGGCCUGGAGACGAACAGCCGACAGGUCGUCAGUCACGCAAUCAAGCAGAACAACAUCAUAUUUGUCCUUCAAUCAAUGCUGGAACCAAACACACCUGAAAAAAUGGGACAACAUUUGGUAAAACAUGGAGACGGAGUGAAAGACAUUGCGUUCCAGGUGGAAGACCUGGAAGCAAUCUUCAAGCACUCAACAGCGAAAGGUGCAAUGGUUGUACACGAACCUUGGGAGGAAUCAGACGACGAUGGAGUUGUGAAGUUUGCAACUGUUCAAACCUACGGGGACACAACGCACACAUUUGUGGACCGGUCCAACUACAAAGGCCCUUUUCUGCCUGGGUACAAGAUGAUUAAUGAAAAGGACCCUCUCUUACCUAACCUACCAGUUAUAGACCUGAAAUUUAUUGACCACAUUGUUGGAAACCAACCCCAAGACAGCAUGUUAAACGUGGCCGAAUGGUACGAGAAGAACCUCCAGUUCCACAGGUUUUGGUCCGUCGACGACAAACAGAUCUACACGCAGUACUCGUCCCUCCGUUCCAUUGUGGUCACCAAUUAUGAGGAGACCAUCAAAAUGCCGAUUAACGAACCGGUGGUAGGAAAGAAGAAGAGCCAGAUACAGGAGUACGUCGACUAUUACGGAGGAGCAGGAGUACAACACAUAGCACUCAACACGGACGACAUCAUCAAGUCAGUACAGAACCUGCUCAACCGUGGUCUUAAGUUCCUAACUAUUCCAGAUAUGUACUACAUCAAUCUCCGGGAACGUCUGAAGACAUCGAAAGUCCAAGUGAAGGAGAAUUUGGACAUGCUUCACAAGCUUCAAAUCCUCAUAGAUUAUGAUGACGAGGGUUACCUUCUUCAGAUCUUCAGCAAACCCCUUCAGGACCGUCCCACGGUUUUCAUAGAAGUCAUCCAGAGACACAAUCAUUCUGGCUUUGGUGUCGGCAAUUUCAAGUCCCUAUUUGAAGCAAUUGAAAUUGAUCAGGACAAACGAGGCAACCUCUCGUAAGACGCACAGACAGAUUUUGAGGAAGCAACAUAAAUCGCCUGCUGCUACUUCUGCUACUGCCACUACUUUGUGAUUCAUAUAAAUUACAAUUGCAACACCAACAACAGCGACAACAACGUCAACCAAAGGGACUAAAUUUUUUUUGUUUAUUUUUACUGCAGUUUUUGUUCCCUGAUUUUUUUUUUUUCGGUUUUUUAUUUUUUAUACUUUUUAUUUAAUAUUCCAUGUUUGAGAGGCUGGUGGUUUCCUUCCUGGCCCUUAAUGGCAGCUAAAGAAAAUUUUACCCUUUUUUUCUUUUUGUAUAUAAACCCCUCCCCCACUACCACCACCACCAUGACUACUUUUGUUUCCCCACCAAAGAGCCCCCACUGGGUUUUUUUUUUUCAAUUUUCCCUCUCUCCCUCAAAAAUCCCAUUUUUCCCUUCAGAAUAUUCCCUCUCUCCCUCAAAAAUCCCAUUUUUCCCUACAGAAAAUUCCAUCUCUCCCUCAAAAAUCUCAUUUUUCCCUUCAGAAAAUUCCCUCUCUCCCUCAAAAAUCCCAUUUUUCCCUUCAGAAAAUUCCCUCUCUCCCUCAAAAAUCCCAUUUUUCCCUUCAGAAAAUUCCCUCUCUCCCUCAAAAAUCCCAUUUUUCCCUUCAGAAAAUUCCCUCUCUCCCUCAAAAAUCCCAUUUUUCCCUUCAGAAUAUUCCCUCUCUCCCUCAAAAAUCCCAUUUUUCCCUUCAGAAAAUUCCCUCUCUCCCUCAAAAAUCCCAUUUUUCCCUUCAGAAAAUUCCCUCUCUCCCUCAAAAAUCCCAUUUUUCCCUUCAGAAAAUUCCCUCUCUCCCUCAAAAAUCCCAUUUUUCCCUUCAGAAUAUUCCCUCUCUCCCUCAAAAAUCCCAUUUUUCCCUUCAGAAAAUUCCCUCUCUCCCUCAAAAAUCCCAUUUUUCCCUUCAGAAAAUUCGAUUUUCUUCUUUAGAAAAAUAAAAAAAAAAUGUAACCCCAUUUUUUCCCCCCCUCAAAGACAGAAUUAUUUGUUACCGGAUCUCUUCCCUGACCCCUGACAUAAAUAAAUAAAUAACUACACGUUUCCUUUUUCUAAAACUACCCCCCUUUUUAAACCCCACUUAUCCGUUUUCCUAAAAAAAAAAAACCAAAUAAAACAAACAUACCCCAAAAAAUUGUUAAUAAAAAAUUUUUUCAUAAGUAAAAAACAAAAAAAAAGAACCCUUCAAAAACAUGUGUGCCUUAUUUUUUAGGGAUUCUGUUGUUUGUAGGUUAAG